AUGACCCAACCACGAAACGGUGCCGGGCUUGGGCGUCUCCCGUUAUUUGGCGCCCAUAAAAUGGAUGAUGGAAGAAACACUGAAAGGAACGCGCAUAGGGCCGCUGCCUGGGGGUCGCGGGGCGCGUCUGGAGCUGGCGCUGGACGCGGCAGCAUGCGGGACGCCAGCCGAGCGCGAGGAGCUGCACGAUCACCUAACAGCCCCUCGCAUCCAUCAUCCCCACCAGAAGGCUUGGUGUCGGCUGGGUCUUCUCGGACCCAGCAAGCGGCACCCGCCGCUGGUGGAGCACGUCGCAUGCGUUGGACAAAAUCCAUGAACGAAAACGCAUUGCGGGCGUACUAUAGGGCGAAAGGGGAAGAAACUGUGGGAAUAGCGUAUAGGUCUCGGAUGCAUUGCUUUUUUGCUGAGCUGGAGCCGUCUAUCCCCGUCACGGAACAAAACCUGGCAGACCGAGUUCGGUACAUCAUACGCUCGAAAAUAUUUGAUGAUGCCGAACUCGAACGACUACGACGUGAGGCUAUUCCGUCGUUGAAUGAAUCGGCUAUGGCUGCAGAUGCAGCUCCACAUUCGACAGACCAGCAUCCACACGUGGAUGCCGCCAUGGAUCUUCCAGUUGUGGUUGAUUCGACAGACGAUGAAAUAGUCUCCCACGAACUAGAGCAAAUGAGGAGUAUAUUGGAAGAGGCGAUUUUGGAAACGCGCAGCACCCCUCUCGAAAAUCGACCGCGACUUCCCCCGCAUACCCCUAAGCAAGCGAAUUCGGGCUGUCGUGAGGGCUCAUAA